GUACACAAUGGAGCUCCAUCAUUAGGGUUUAGGAGAGCAAGAAGGGUUUUGUGUGUUCUUGGGUUCUGUUUUCUCUACUGGUAUAACGUCUCCAUUUCUGAUCUCAUUACUCGCAUUCCAUUAUGUGGGCGAUCAGGAAGGCCUCCGUCCAUAUCAAGUCCCAACCUUUUUCAUCAGCAGCUUUUCGUGCUUGCUAUGCUAAACUUGAAAUAUCGAGUUCCAGUUACAUGGACAACACUGGGUUUGUUGAGUCUCCACCAUAUAUAUCUGAUAGAUCCCUACUUCUAAAGAGAUUUUCUUCCCGAGCACAUGGUGCUCAAAGUUCUUUUAUGGGGAAGCAUAGGUUUUCAUCACAAGCUGGGACAAAGAGCAGUGGAGAGGAAGAUGAUGACUUGAAGUAUGAUUUUUCUGAGCUUGAUGCUACUAGCAACAUGGAUCAAGGAAAGAAUACGGAGCAUGAAAGUGAUAAUGAGAUGCUUUCUGAAACUGACUUGUCUGAAUCUGAAGAUGAGGGUGGCGAUAUUGCUGUGGAAGAACCUCAAACUGAAUUGGAUUUAUCAGAUACUGAGAAAGUGGCUGCAAAAAGUAAUGGUCGAGGAAAAAGAGCUUCUUCAGGAUUGUUUAAGGCUCUUAUAGCCUCUACAUCAGUGACUGCUAAAAAAAAUCUGGACAAGUGGCUUGAAGAAGGAAAUGAUUUGUCUAGGAUAGAGAUAUCACGUACAAUGCUUGAACUCCGAAGGCGAAGGAUGUAUGGGAAAGCUUUGCAGUUGUCAGAAUGGUUGGAAUCACAGGAGACGGUAGAAUUUGGCGAGCGAGAUUACGCUUCUCGUGUUGAUUUAAUCGCCAAGAUCCGUGGCUUACAGCAAGCAGAAAGCUACAUCGAGAAGAUCCCAGAAUCAUUUAAAGGGGAGGUGGUCUACCGAACGCUUUUAGCCAAUUGUGUUCUCAACACCCAAACAGCAAAAGCUGAGAAAGUCUUCAACAAAAUGAAAGACCUGAAACUGCCAGUUACGGCUUUCGCUUGCAAUCAGUUGCUUCUUUUGUACAAAAGAACCGACAAGAGAAAAAUAGCUGACGUCUUGUUGUUAAUGGAAAAAGAAAACGUCAAACCAUCACUUUUCACUUACAGAUUAUUGAUCGACACUAAAGGUCAGUCGAACGACGUUUCUGGGAUGGAGCAAAUUCUUGAAACGAUGAAAUCCGAGGGGUUGGAACCCGAUUUAAGGUUGCAAGCGGUUUUAGCUCGGCAAUAUGUGCAUGGGGGUCUCAAAGAAAAAGCCAAAAUGGUCUUAAAAGAGAUGGAAGGAGACAACCUCAAUGAGAACCGAAUGGCUUGUUCAUCUUUGCUUCAUAUUUACGGAUUACUUGGAAGUGCGGAUGAUGUUAAGCGAGUUUGGGAGGUUUGCAGGCCUGAUCCCCGGCUCGAGGAGUGCAUGAGCGCCAUUGACGCCUGGGGAAAACUAAAGAAAGUUGAGGAAGCCGAAGCAGUUUUUGACCAAAUGUUCAAAAAAUGGAAAACAUUAUCAGCAAGACAUUAUACUUCUAUGUUGAGGGUUUAUGCAAAUAACAAGAUGUUAUCUAAGGGCCAGAAUCUUGUGAAACAGAUGGGUGAAAGUGGUUGUCGAAUCGGGCCGUUUACUUUGGAUGCGAUCGUGAAACUGUAUCUAGAAUCCGGGGAGGUUGAGAAAGCCGAUUCGAUUUUGAAGAAGGGUUCACUACAGAUUCAAACAAAGCCAUUGUUUUCAACUUAUAUGAUGGUUUUGGAUCAGUAUUCUAAAAGAGGAGAUGUGCAUAAUUCUGAGAAAAUAUUUCAUAGGAUGAGACAAGAUGGUUAUGUUUCAAGAUUUAGGCAGUAUAAUUCUCUUUUGCAGGCUUAUAUAAAUGCCAAGAUUCCGGCUUAUGGGUUCAGAGAGCGAAUGAAGGCCGAUAAUGUGUUUCCAAGCAAAUCGUUGGCUGCACAGCUGGUUCAGGUGGAUGCGUUUAAGAAGACCGCGAUGACGGAUUUGCUCGAUUAAUAAGGUAAGGAUCAUCGAUCGAUAUGUUUAAGAGUAUUAGUUGUUACUUUCUUUUGAAUUAGGAUCCUUGACUCUUUAAUAUGUAACCAUUAUUACCACAUGUGAUGCUUUGAGGAAAUGGUAUCACUUAAUGGCUUAUUUGCUAGGCUAA